CGGGGCGCUGUUGUUCGGGAGGGUGCUGUCGCGGAAUCCGUAGCCGGAAGAGCCGGGCAGGGCAGGGAGAGCCGCGUGGGGAGCAUGAACCACAAAAGCAAGAAGCGCAUCCGCGAGGCGAAGCGGAGCGCGCGUCCCGAGCUCAAGGACUCCCUCGACUGGACUCGCCACAACUAUUGCGAGACCUUCCCGCUGAACCCGGCGGGCUGUAAGGAUAAUGUGGAAAGAGCAGAUGCCCUCCAUUUGUCAAUGGAAGAAUUCAUUGAAAGAUAUGAGAAGCCAUAUAAGCCUGUUGUCCUGUUAAAUGCUGAGGCAGGGUGGUCAGCCCAAGAGAAGUGGACUACGGAACGUCUGAAGCGCAAAUACAGGAACCAGAAAUUCAAGUGUGGGGAGGACAACGAUGGUUAUUCCGUGAAAAUGAAGAUGAAAUAUUACAUUGAAUACAUGGAGAGUACACGAGAUGAUAGUCCCCUCUAUAUAUUUGACAGCAGUUAUGGGGAGCAUCCAAAGCGCAAAAAACUUUUGGAGGAUUAUAGGGUACCCAAAUUCUUCACUGACGAUCUGUUCAAAUAUGCAGGAGAGAAGAGGCGGCCACCUUACAGAUGGUUUGUGAUGGGCCCACCUCGUUCAGGAACAGGUAUUCACAUUGAUCCUCUGGGAACCAGUGCCUGGAAUGCCUUAGUCCAUGGACAUAAGCGCUGGUGUCUCUUUCCGACCAGCACUCCCAGAGAACUGAUCAAAGUGACUCGCGAAGAAGGAGGCAAUCAGCAAGAUGAAGCCAUCACUUGGUUCAGAGUAAUAUACCCCCGAACGCAACUUCCCACUUGGCCUUCAGAGUUCAAACCUUUGGAAAUAGUACAAAAACCUGGAGAGACUGUGUUUGUGCCAGGUGGCUGGUGGCAUGUUGUUCUCAAUCUUGACACGACUAUUGCUGUCACUCAGAAUUUUGCCAGCUGCACAAACUUCCCUGUGGUGUGGCACAAGACAGUGAGGGGAAGACCGAAGUUAUCCAGAAAAUGGUACAGGGUCCUCAAGCAGGAACAUCCUGAACUAGCUGUACUAGCUGAUUCUGUUGACUUACAAGAAUCAACGGGCAUUGCUUCAGACAGUUCUAGUGAUUCGUCUAGUUCUUCCAGCUCCAGUUCUUCAGAUUCUGACUCAGAGUGCGACUCUAGCUCUGAAACCGAAGGAAUGGUCCACCGAAGAAAAAAGCGGAGAAUAUGCAGCAUGAUGGGAAACGGUGAUACUACCUCUCACGAUGACUGUGUGAGCAAAGAGCGUAGCUCUUCCAGAAUUAGGGAAUCUUGCGGAAGUCGUGCUCAUCCAUGAAAGAUAACAAGACCUUCUGCAGAUAGUUGCGACCAGCCAGAUGUCUUCUGUUCCUCCCACCAGCUGUAUACUUGAAGCUUUUGAAGACUUCCCGGCUCCAAUUUUAUUUUUAAAUCUAACUUUUAACUUCGGUUCCCUGUUAACAAAGUCUGACAUCUUGCUAACUAAAGGAGAACAUUCAGGAUUUGUUUUUCCAUAUUCUACCAGACAACGGUAAUAAACAGAAGGCACUGCUGAUGUCUACAAAGUCAUAGCAUGGUUUCCAACACUAUACAGUCAACAAAGGAAAUGGCAAAUUUCUACUAACAAAACUCUUUAAAACAAACCCUGCUCCCAUAUUGUCAUAUGUUUACAAGAUGAAUUCUAGUGCAUUACAACCGGGGUUCAGACAUGCUACCGUUAGUCUGCAAUUGGCCAGCAGAUCCUUCAUUAUAGCACAAGUGAACCAAGAUGAUUCUCCUAUUGUGUAAAUUAUUACAUGUAAAAGCACCUUUUAUAAUUCUGAAUUUAUCAGUAACAUCAAUCCAACCAUGGAGUAAUGAGACUCUCAAGUAUUGUUUGAACCAGCAAUUCAUCCUCAUUGCUUCA